ACGCCCACCGUCAUCCGGGGUCCUGGCCCGCUAAGAUGGCGAUGGGUACGGUAGCAGCGGCGGCGGCUGUUGCCGGGCCCGGGACCCUGGGGACGGGGGCCGAGUAGCGCCUUCCCCGGGCCCCGUGAACCGGCUGCGGGUCGCCCUUGGGGGGCAGCGGCCGCAGCCCCCCACCCGGGCCCUCGGUCCGCCCUCCCGGCGCGUCCAUGAACUCAGUGUCGCCGGCCGCCGCGCAGUACCGGAGCAGCAGCCCGGAGGACGCGCGCCGCCGGCCCGAGGUCCGCAGGCCGCGGGGUCCCAGAGGCCCAGACCCCAACGGCCUGGGGCCUUCCGGAGCCAGCGGCCCCGCUCUUGGCUCUCCCGGGGCUGGCCCGAGUGAACCGGACGAAGUGGACAAGUUCAAGGCCAAGUUCCUGACAGCCUGGAACAACGUCAAGUACGGUUGGGUGGUUAAAAGCCGGACCAGCUUUAGCAAGAUCUCCAGCAUCCACCUCUGUGGUCGCCGCUACCGUUUCGAGGGCGAGGGUGACAUACAGCGUUUCCAGCGGGACUUUGUGUCCCGCCUGUGGCUCACAUACCGCCGGGACUUCCCGCCCCUUCCUGGGGGCUGCCUGACCUCAGACUGUGGCUGGGGGUGCAUGUUACGUAGCGGCCAGAUGAUGCUGGCACAGGGCCUGCUGCUGCAUUUCCUGCCCAGAGACUGGACAUGGUCCGAGGGCACGGGCCUGGGCCCCCCUGAGCUGUCAGGGUCAGCCUCUCCCAGCCGGUACCAUGGGCCUGCCCGCUGGAUACCCCCACGCUGGGCCCAGGGUGCCCCUGAGUUGGAGCAGGAACGCCGGCACCGGCAGAUUGUGUCCUGGUUCGCCGACCACCCCCGGGCCCCCUUUGGCCUACACCGGCUGGUGGAGCUUGGGCAGAGCUCAGGCAAGAAGGCAGGUGACUGGUAUGGGCCAUCGCUGGUGGCACACAUCCUCAGGAAAGCCGUGGAGAGCUGCUCCGAGGUCACCCGCCUGGUGGUGUACGUUUCUCAGGACUGCACAGUGUACAAGGCGGAUGUGGCACGCCUGGUGGCCAGGCCAGACCCCACAGCCGAGUGGAAGUCUGUGGUCAUCCUGGUGCCCGUGCGACUGGGUGGCGAGACUCUCAACCCCGUGUAUGUGCCCUGCGUGAAGGAACUCCUGCGUUGCGAGCUGUGCCUGGGCAUCAUGGGCGGGAAACCGCGACACUCACUGUACUUCAUUGGCUACCAAGAUGACUUCCUGCUGUACCUGGACCCUCACUACUGCCAGCCCACUGUGGAUGUCAGCCAGGCCAACUUCCCCCUGGAGUCCUUCCACUGCACCUCGCCCCGCAAGAUGGCCUUUGCCAAGAUGGACCCAAGCUGUACUGUGGGCUUCUAUGCUGGAGACAGGAAGGAGUUUGAGACACUCUGCUCAGAGCUGACCAGGGUCCUCAGCUCCUCCUCAGCCACGGAGCGGUACCCCAUGUUCACCCUGGCCGAGGGCCAUGCUCAGGACCACAGCCUGGACGACCUCUGCUCCCAGCUCUCCCAGCCCACACUCCGGCUCCCUCGCACAGGGCGGCUCCUCAGGGCCAAACGUCCCAGCUCUGAGGACUUUGUGUUUUUAUAAAGGGAGGGGAUGAGGGGAAAGAUGCAACACUAUUUAUUUUUUUAUUUAUGUCAUGUCGGGUGUGGGAUCUUGAGCUCUGGCAGUGAUGGUACUUCCUGUUCUCAGCCCCUCAAGCCCAGCUGCAACCAGUCUGGGGCCAUUCAGCCAGGGACAGAGCCCAUGCACCUGUCUCCCACCAGCGGGGCCCUCCUGGCAGGGUAGGGAGGGAGGACCCCGGGCACCCCCCUCAGGGCCUGACUCACGUACUGUAGUUUGCACUGGACGCCCGGGCCCUCCCUGUCCCAAAGCCCCCUUGGGGAGAACUGUGGCUGCUGGGGGCCAAUAAAGCUGUGUGACUUGA